UCCCCGCAGGCGUGGUACGCCGCGCUGCCGCCGAUAUCAAAGUUUUGGUUCACGUCCUGCGCGCUGAGCACGCUCGGGUUCCACGCGAAAUUCGUCGACCCGCGCGCGAUGAUGCUGUCGUGGCGAAUGAUUUCACUCGCCAAGGGCGGGAAGUUUCAACCGUGGCGAUUGCUGACGAACUUUGCGUUUUUGGGGAAGCUGAGCUUAGGGUUCGCGAUGCGCAUGGUGAUGAUCGCGCAGUACUCGGUGUCGCUCGAGAAGGAGGCGUUCACGGGCGCGAGCGGGACGGCGGAUUAUAUCGCGUUUCUCCUCUUCGGCGCGUGCGCGUUGACGCCGCUCGAGCUCGUCGUGCCGUCGAUCGCGCAAGCGUUCUACGGCGAUAGCUUAAUUUUCAUGUGCCUGUACUUGUGGAGUCGAGAGCACCCGCGGGCGAGGGUAUCGUUGAUGGGAAUCGUGCGCGUGGGCGCGUUUUAUUUUCCCUGGGCCAUGCUCGUGAUGACGGCGCUCAUGGGAGGCGACCCGAUGCCUGAUUUCUUGGGCAUUAUCGUCGGGCACGCGUAUUACUUCUUCGCGCGCCUGUACCCACUACACAGCGGGCGACGAUCGAUCAUCCAAACGCCG